AUGGCACUGACAUUGAUCCUUCUCAUACUGGCUUGCAUCCUCGAACCCCUGCUAUCGUAUAUCAUCGACCCCAAGUCCCUCUGCAAACACCACCCCAUCAUUCUAAUCAAACCCCCCCAAGCACUCGCAAUCGUCCGCCAGGAAGUCGCCGGUGCAAUGGCAGACAACGAGCCCAUCGCAAGAUACGACAGCGUCAAGAACCUCCCAUACCUAAAAGCCUGCCUCGAGGAAUCCUUCCGCCUCUCGCCCCCUCUCGCCCGGGGCCCCGAACACCGCACCCCACCAGAGGGAAUGAAGAUCAUGGACGAGGACAUUGCCAGGGACGUCGUCGCCUAG